AAAAAAAUGGCUUCAACACUCCGUCGUCGCUCUCUGCUGGACCCCGGCAGCCUCCCCCCAGCCGGUCUCUAUCGCAGACAUCGCAUCCCGCCGGCACAGCACAUGGCACGAUGCAGCACCUCCACACAGCUGCUCUACAAGGCUGAUGAAGAGAAGCUGAGGGAGCUUGCAAUGAGGAAGGAGGAGGCUGAGAAGACAGAGGAGGAGCGGCCCCAUCGUAUGAGGGUGUCGGCGUCGUUGCCGGACCUGCGUGUUCCCAAGCCGACAGCGCGUCCGACCUUGAGGCGAGAAGACAGGUGUCCGUGGCUCUUUCAGCCUCCCGAGACCACAAAUGGGCUGACACUGACACGCUCCAGGGGUCAGUAUGCGUCAUCUGCAGUGCUGGUGAGGGAGCCCAUCCGCCCAGAAGUCCUUUUGCCGGCCGGGGGUCUGUCAAGCUAUCAGUUUGCAAGCACGAGGAUGGUCAUGAAAGGGGCUCUGCCAAAUGCAGACAGUAUCAUCGUCACAAACGUGAGAAGACACACGUGCACAAUGCUCUUUUCCACAGUGCAUGCAUUCAUCUGUGUGUCUCUGCUGUGCAGAAGUGGCGCCCGCCCACGUUCACGCCAAUUCGUGGCACGUGGAGCUUCCUGCGCUUUGCAGACAAGCCCACGGGGCUGCCGUCAUCGCACUAUCGUCGUUCUACGCGGCUGCCGACAAGACGCAGCUAUGACAGCCGCAUCCAUCCCGCGGCGACCAAGACGAUAGCCAAGAUGGAGCGGGAGCAUGCGGCAGCGAUUGCCAGGACGGCAGAGAGAUGUCUCAGUAGAAGAGCCAGAUAGAGAGAUAGACAAUGGGUCUCUGUGCAUAUGUGCGCGGAGCGUCGAUUGGCAGGAGAAUUCAG